UUGAUACGACGGGAGGCCUGUGAUACCUACCGUCCACGCUCGAGUUGAGUCAGUCAGCAGCCCCUUGAGAGAGUUGGACAGAUUGAUGGAUGGAGAACCUAAAUGAUGAUAAGUCAUUUGUCACAAUGACUGCAGAUUCAAGUUUUGCAGACUCGAGCUUUGAACAAAGCUUCACUGAAGCAGAUGUGAAAGUAGAAGUACAAUCUUUGUCUCGACAGAACAGUCUGCCACGCAAUGGCAGUUCAUCCUCCCUCCAGCUAACAGAUGAAGAUGAUGAUGGUGAACAGAACUCCUACGUGAGUCCAAGAGAUCGUCGGCGAAGCGCACAUACAGCUGCUGAGCAGAAGAGGAGGGAUGCCAUUAAGCGAGGUUAUGAAGAUCUCCAAAGUAUUGUUCCAACCUGUCAUCAGUCAGAUCCGCUUGGUUCCAGCAAGCUCUCCAAAGCAACUGUGUUACAGCGAUCAAUUGACUACAUUCAACAUCUGGUAAAGAAGCGAAAGGAGCAAGAUGAUGACAUCGAGGCCCUUCGUAAGGAAGUUAUGGCCCUGAAAAUCAUGAAGACCAACUACGAACAGAUUGUAAAAGCUCACCAGAGCCAACCAGGCCAGGGACAGAACCAGGUGUCAGAUCAUGUCAAGUUUAAUGUAUUCAAAGCAAUAAUGGAUGCCCAGUUUCAAACAUUUAACCAAUCCAUUUCUGUAGCUAGCUUCGCUGAACUUUCUGCCUGUGUCUUCAGUUGGCUGGAAGAGUAUUGCAAACCCCAGACCCUCAAAGAAUUAGUGGUUGGUGUACUGGGCCAGAUGGGUAAUCAGCUGAGAUGAUUACCUGUCAUGUGACACAGGGAGCCAUUAAGAUGAUCAGGUGGUGGAGGUAUUAUCACAAAAUGUUCAGGGUUUUUAACCAGGAAAUGUCUUUAUCUCAUCAGAAACAUGUAAAAAACAUAUAUAUUUGAUUGAUUAGACCAACAAAAGUACAGUUAGAUUUGGGAACUAAUUCUACGGUUUAUGUCCUCUUUAAGCAGCAUAAAUGAAUUUUGGGCUCCUCCUUGGGGAUAAUAACUCUUGGCAAAAAAAACCCACAGAUUUUCAAGAUUGUGACCCGGUCAGAAACAUUUUUGGAGGCUUAUACUGACUAGUUAGGUGCAUAACAUAAAAUAAUUUUUUUUUUUCAUUAUGAUUUUCUCCCUAGUAGUAUUCCCUAUGCAUAUAAGCUGCUUCCUCUCCACAGGUUUUGCCUAUUAGUUUUAAAUUAUUUCUGUCAACAUAAUCAUCAUAGGAUCGUUAAUUCCAGACAAAAAUGUUAAAAUCAUGAAGAAAUGUUGAAGACAUUAAUAAAUUUGUUAUCAGUGAAUAGUAUAGUGUAGUUAUAAUUUUAUGUCGUAUAUGAAGUCGCUGGGUAUUUUGAGGAGCCUAUGCAAAGUUCUAGUACAGCCUUAAUGCUGCUAAAACAUUUAUUGUUAGUACAAUAACUUUCUCUACAAAUUAGAACUGUCUGCUUCCUCUCCACACUUUUUUGCAUACUAAUUGAAGACAAUGAUUUUUAUCAAUGAAUUUAAUGUAUUAAUGUAUUGUUAGAUUUUUAGUCAGAAUAAAAUAGUCUGUGAAUAAAAUUAAGUUCUUCUGUUUUGCAAUGAUGUAAAUUAUAUAACAAGAAUCAUGUUACUAUUGCAUGAUUAAUGUUUUCUCUUUAAUAAACUUGAAAGAAAA